UGAGGGCCCUCAUGAUUCCCACAGGAUAGGAGGAGAGGGAGUAGUUGGAGUAUUUAUUUCCAAUAAUUAUUUUAUAUGUAAAGACAUAUUUUUCAAAGAUGUAUGUUAUGUUAUGCUAUGUUAUGUUACGUUAUGGUAUGUUACUUUAUGCCAUGUUAUGUUAUCUGUAAAAGUAAAAGUAGUAGUUUACCCCAGCCACUUAUGAAACGGUUUUAUGUCAUAUUAAUUUUGGUCACUAGAGGGAGCAUACUCACAUAACAUUACCACAAGCCCUCUGGUUUUACACAAAAGAGAGAUAAUAUAAUGUUUGCACACAACUCAUUUUAUGGUAAUUCUGGACUGAAACAGGAAAAAAAUGUUUUGGGGCUAUCCAAGAGUAACUUUUUUUCUUUAGCUCUGGAGAAAAUUACAAGAAAGAAAGAAAAAAAUGUUUUGGAAGGUUUUGAAGUUUCCUUUUCUCACCCGAGGAAAGGUCCUCAUGAUUAUUUUAGUAAUAGAAGGGCAUAACCAAAAUGAGCAAAUCAAGAUUUAGUUAUGCCUAUCUAUUUAUCUAAACUCCUGAAAGGUUUUCCAACGUCACUAAAUAUAUAAUUGCAUAGCCUAAUAGCCAACCAACUUUACAAAUAGUUGACAAGUUGUGCCAGUGGCCAAAUGGACCCCUUGUACUGAUCCUAUUUCUGUUAAUUGCACGCGCCCUCUAACAUGAGGCCUAACACUUGCGCGCGCCCUCUAACUCAGGGCCUCUGAUUCGCGCGCCUCCACCUCUGAUCCUUGCGCGCUCUUGCACAAAUCUGUGCGGGUUGCCUGGUCAGUCCAGUCCAAUGCGUGUACCCCGGCCUAACUGGGUUGUGAGGGGGGUUGUGGGCUCACGUUGAGAGCGCGCUUUAACUGCUCGUGCCACAAGAGGAGAUUUGCAAAGAUGCGUUAGCGAAAAAACUGCAACAUAUUUAAAUGUCGUCAUUAUUUACUCUAUUUUUUUCCCACUAAUGUUAACUUUGUAUCGAAACGAAUGAUGACAUGGACUUUGCAUGACGAGGAAGACAUUUAAUAUCGGAUGUGAACAGCAUUUUACGCACGGGUUAAACACCGCGGAAUGGAUGCACUUGCUGCUGCCACUUUUUGACGAAUGUCAAUUUAGCAUUGCUUAUUUGUUGGAAAACUCUAUUUCAUUGUGAUACGGAGUUUAGUUGCAUGCAAUAGCAUUUAUACAAUCGUUGUCAGUAUUUGUUUGUAGGUGUAAUUAUUUGAACCGCCUGACAAACAUCAACGUCAUUGAUGUAGGACAAGAGGACUGAUUCAUCGGUGCAUUGCUUGAUCCAUUCUUGAAAACAGUGUUCCUUCUGGACGAGAUCUGGGGAUGACUAGAUGGGUUAUUAGACAAUCAUUACCGGGUUUAUGUAGGUCGGCUCGGUCUUCACUUAACAUUGAAUAAUUCGGCUAUACCGCAGUAAAGCCUCAACCAUGUAUGCUGGACGGAAAAGAAGAAAACCGGUGCAAAGAGACAUCGAAGUGAAAGACCAAAAAGAGAAACAGACAGCUCCAUCUGAAGGGACCAAGUCUAACCCAUCAAAGCGCCACCGGGACCGUCUGAACUCUGAGUUGGACCGUCUGGCCAGUCUACUGCCCUUCCCAGAAGAGGUCACCUCCAGCUUGGAUAAACUCUCUAUCUUACGGCUCAGCGUGAGCUACCUGAGGACCAAGAACUUCUUCUCAGUUGCCCUGAAGACCCACGCUUGCAAGGGGUUGAAGGCCAACGGUGGUAACCAUGACAACAGCAAGACAACAGGAUUGGUGGAUGGCUGGAUGCCCGAGGGUGAACUCCUAUUGCAGGCCCUUAACGGUUUUGUCCUGGUCAUCACUGCAGAGGGGAUCAUAUUCUACUCCUCUCACACCAUUCAGGAUUACCUGGGAUUCCACCAAACGGACGUGAUGCACCAGAGUGUGUUUGAUCUGAUCCACACUGAGGACCAGCAGGAGUUUAGGAGGAACCUGCACUGGGCUCUCAACCCCCCGGCCGUGCCCCAGCAGGUGGAGUCACCCCCAGAUGGAAAACCAGUCCCCAGCUCGUCCCUGGUGACCUAUAACCCCGACCAGCUGCCUCCAGAGAACUCCUCCUUCCUGGAAAGGAACUUCGUCUGUCGCUUCCGCUGUCUCCUCGACAACUCCUCUGGCUUCCUGGCCCUGACCCUCCAGGGCCGUCUGAAGUUCCUGCAUGGCCAGAACUGCCGGCUGGAUGACGGCUGCAACGUGCCUCCCCAGCUGGCCCUGUUUGCCAUCGCUACCCCCCUCCAGCCUCCAUCCAUCCUGGAGAUCAGGACCAAGAACAUGAUCUUCAGGACCAAACACAAGCUGGACUUCACCCCCAUGGCCUGCGACGCCAAGGGGAAGAUCGUGCUGGGCUACACUGAGGCUGAGCUCCGGGUCCGAGGCUCUGGAUACCAGUUUAUCCAUGCAGCUGAUAUGCUCUACUGUGCUGAGAACCACGUCCGCAUGAUCAAGACGGGAGAGAGCGGGCUGACGGUGUUCAGACUGCUCACUAAGGAUAACCGCUGGAGGUGGGUCCAAGCCAACGCCAGACUGGUCUACAAGAACGGCAAGCCUGACUACAUUAUCGCUACCCAGAGGCCCCUGGUGGAGGAGGAGGGAGGAGAGCACCUGAGGAAGCGUUCCAUGCACCUCCCCUUCACCUUCGCCACGGGCGAGGCCCUUCUCUACCAGAGUAGCUACCCCAUCCACGGCCUCACUGACUCACUCCAGACUAAAGGCAAGACCAAAUCCAAGAAGGGCAAGCUGGACAAGAACUCGUCAAAGGAUAACGGUGGACUGGACCCCAGCUCCCUGCUCGGGGCGCUGAUGAGGCAGGAUGAGUCCGUGUACGUGUGCCAACCAGCUGUCGAGCCCAAGAUGUCCUUCCACAGUAGUCUGUUUAGUGAGCGAGGUGAGGGGGAAGGGCAUAGCAGUGGAUGCUAUAGCGGUGGCCCUCUGGGUGGGGGUCUGGGAGAGAGCUGGAGCUCUGUGCCCAACGGGGUCACCACCGCCUCCACUGGCCCCAACGGAGAGCCUCCGUCCAGCUUCGACCCGCUGCUCGCCACCCUGGACUCACUAUCUCUGGAGGGGGACGAAACAUGCUCUAACAGCGAGCUGUUCUCUGCUCUGGAGAACCUGGGUCUGAACGCAGAGGAUCUGGAGCUACUGCUGCUGGAUGAGAGGAUGAUCAGAGUGGAGAUGGAUCCAGACUACAUCCCCUCGCUCAACGACCUGCUCACCAACAACGAGAUCCUCUCCUACAUCCACGACUCGCUGGAGAACAAGACAGAGGAGGGCCAGGGUGUGGACAGUCACGUGUCCAUACCACAAACCACAACCCAUCCCCCAGACCCUAUCCUUAAUUCUGUCCUUAUCCUUAACCCUCAUACCCAAGCCACCCCCACUAUGCAUAUCUCUACCCUCCACCCCCAGGCUACUAACCCUCCUGCCCCCCAACCCAUGUUACCCCUUCACAGACUGCCAAAACAGCCACCCAUAGUGCAGCUCUCCCAGCAGAUGCAGCAGCACCUCAACUUAGUAAAGCCCGUUCUGGCAAAAUACCCCUGGCCCCCAACCCAAACAGACGUCCCCACGCCAAGCCAGCCAGACACACUGCAGCACACAACCUCACUAACCGUGGUCCAUAAUGGUCACUGGCUUCCCCAGCAGCAGCAUAUGUUUACGGGGCUGGAUGACCACUGCCACAGCCUUCAACCCCUGGUUAACGGUAAGACAUCCCAGCUGGGGCCUCACGGGGCCGGGCAGCUCAAACACCACCAGCACCAGAACAACAUCCAUCUUCAGAGCCAGUGGCAGCAGCAGAACCAGCACCUACAGGUCCAGCUUCAGUCUCAGUGCCAUUUCAAACAGCAGAAGGCUAGUAGCAGCAGCGGUGAAACUCUCAACGGGGUGCACCCUGAUCCCGAUUGGCAGAGUUCCGUCUACGACGAGCAGUUGGGACUGACAGUUAAUGGAGCCUGCACCGUCUCCUACCCCAACGGGCACGCGGACACCCUCUCACACACUACAGAAGGAGAGGUCACUCACACGGAUUACAGUAUGGGUGAUUCCCAUCACAAACAACAUUAUCCACAGGUCCCAUCCACCUAUUUCCCUCAGCAGUACUCCACCACACAGAACUCCUUAGAUUACAUCCUGGGGCUAUCGCAGCCUCAACACACCACGCCUACUCUGGACACCUACGGCAUUUUGAAUAGCCCCGCUUCCCAAGAUGCCACUCACUGCAAGAUGGAGAACGGCUGCAUCCUCAACGACACCAACGUGGCUUACACAGAGAGCUGUCUACUGCCCAAUGUGAACAGCCAGACAACCAGCGACAGUCUUCAGCCCGACGCCCUACAGACCCUACCCACCCUCCCAGACCCACAGACUACUGGCUUCUAGGGGGGCAGGGGGGGGCUGAGGAGGGGGUGCCAGGCCAAAGAGAGACCAUUGGACCAUUUUGUCAGGACAAGAGAGUGGAUUGGGGGGGGGGGGGCAUAAAAAAUAGAGAGAGAAUAGGAGGAGAAGCAAAAGAAGAAGAAUUAAACUGAACUGUGGUUGUUAAGACUUUCUAUGUAACGUUCUCUCCAUUUAAUUUGUGUACGACUGACUCAGUACUCAGUGAAAGAGCUCAGGAUAGUGUCUCUCUGCACUCUCUGACAGUAGUUUCCCCGCUGGCACACAGCUCAGGGGGAAACAAAUGCAUCUUCUCAUGUUACACUUCUUUUUUUUUUAUGAAGGGUAUGGUUGGUUGAGAGCGCAGCAAUUUCUUCAAUGUGAAUUUCAUUGUUUUUCUUUAUGGGUGUACAAAAUACAGUUUCUGACAAGGAUUAUUAAGACUGUGAGAAGAGACAUUUUCUUUUUGUCACUCAUAGCUACAGUACUGCGCUUCAAUACAGUGUAACUUGUUAAAGGAGGGAAAGUGAAUGUGGGUAUAGAGAAGGAUUGUUAUGGAGAUGAAUAUUCCUUAUGAAGAAUGAUAUGACAUAUUGAUUGAUUGAAGAAGCUGGACGUCUGGAACUAUUGCGAGUUAAGUUACAAAUGUUCUGCGCUGUAUGUUACGUUUUGUUGUGUCAUCUGCCCACAGAGAUGAGGAAUUGAUUCAGUCCUAUCAUUUUUGUUUUGGUGAUCUGCGUGUUGGUAAAAGAGGAUUUAGGUUGUCGUCUUGCAUGUUAUUGAGACUGAAUAUGUGAAACGGAUCCCAUAUUAUGGUCAAAUGGUAUCUAAAUAUGAAGAGGGAGAGCAGAUCGGAGGAAGGGAUGACCGUUUUGGUGUUUGUUUAUUUUCAUGUUGCAUUUUAGCCUGGAAGAAGUUUACAUUACCAGUAUAAUGAUGUUGUGUAUUUAUUUAAAUGGCACUCAAAUCAACCGAAGCAUUUUCUUCUUUUCUUGACCGGCUACAGUGUGAAAUCACUCAGUAAAUGAAGUUCCGGAAUACAGCAGUACACAGCUUAAAUUCACUAAAUUCAGGAAGUAAACAAACAAAUUCCAGAAUCAUCAUUCAUUGAAAAGCUUUGAGGGAAAAACUGAAAUUUGGAUUUAAGCUGAUUUCCUGAAUUGAAAUGAAAUUGAGCUAAACACACUGUAUUCAAUGACAAGAGGCAGAGGAACGGGAACGGCAGUUUCUGACGUGACGAGAAAGUUCAUUUCGAUGGGCCUCCUCUCUUACCGGGCCCCAAGUGAUUCCAUCAUGGUCAUCUAUCACAGUGGUUCUCAAACCUCUCCUCGGGGACCCCCAGAAGACUCACAAUUCUGUUGUAGCCCUGAGCUAGCUCACCUGAUUCACUUAGUCAAGGGCUUGAUGAUUAGCUAACAAGUUGAAUCAGCUGGGCUAGCUUCAGAAAAGAUCAAAAGCGUGGAACAGGUGCAGGUCCCCAGGAGAGGUUUGAGAUCCACUGAUGAAUCGCACUGAAAACAUUCCAUGAGGAUUGACUUGGUCAUACUCAUGAGCAUUGAUACAAAAAACCAAAUGAGAGGACAAGUCUUUUAAAGAGAUUCUAUAUUGAAAAGGUGCAAUGUUGAAUGUGUUGUGUAUAUUGUAAAAUAGUUGUAAAAAUAUCCUAUUACAGUAUUUCGUUGUAAAAAGUUCUGGAAAAUCAUUUUUAAUUAAUAUUGGUAGUGUUAGAAUAUCUGCGUCCUAAAUAGCACUCUGUUUCCUACAUAGUGCUAUACUUUUAACCAGAGCCCUAUAUAGGGAAUGGGUUGCCAUUUGGGAUGUAACUUAUUGCAUAAAUGUCACAAUCAAAUGCAUUUACAGACUUGCCUCUCUCUUUUAUAUUUGUUUCUUUUUUUAUAUAUGUUUCUUAUAUGAAAUAGAUUUAUUUCAAUCAACCAGGAGAUAUAUGUGAAAAUAAAAAAGCAAGGUGACAAUCAAUAACAACAAAACUGCUUAAUAAAAAAAACUUGUGUAAAUA